CAUCCUUCCUUAGUGCCUCUUCUGCCUGCUUUACAGUGUAUCUUGAAAGCUCCUCCCUGGAACUCCCUGGAACUUUCUCCAACUGCCUCUCCAACGACCAACCGCUGUCUCCUUUCCUGGCAAUCCAGGAGCCUCCCCGACACUCUCAGUUGCUCAACACCACCAGACCCUGAUCGCCUUAAGGGCCCAAACUCUGGGGCAUCCUGGAGGGAACUUGCUCCCCACCUUCUCCAGCCCAGAAACCUGCCAAGGUUUCUCGCCUCCCCACAGCCACCACCCCACAGCUCCGGCACUGCUCUGGGUGCCCAUGGGCUGGACCAUGAGGUUGGCCGUGGCAACCCUGCUCCUGGGCCUCACGAUGGUGGUCACUGGAGACGAUGAGGACAGCGAUCUGUGUGUGUAUGAGGCCCUGUCUAACAACGACGCUCUCCUCUGCAAGGGCCUUGAAGUUUUCUACCCAGAGUUGGGGGACAUUGGCUGCAUGUAUGUUCCUGUAUGCAACAAUUACAGACAGAAGAUCACCUACUGGACCGAGCCGAUAGUCAAGUUCCCUGGGGCCUUGGACGGUGCAACCUACAUCCUGGUGAUGGUGGACCCAGAUGCCCCCAGCAGGUCUUCUCCCAAAGCUCGAUUCUGGAGACACUGGCUGGUGACAGAUAUCAAGGGCUCUGACAUAAGGAAAGGAAAGAUUCAAGGCCAGGAGUUAUCGCCCUACGCGCCUCCCUCCCCACCAGCACAAAGUGGCUUCCAUCGUUACCAGUUCUUCGUCUACCUUCAGGAAGGAAAGACCAUCUCUCUCCUUCCCAAAGAAAACAAAACUCGAGGCUUUUGGAAAAUGAACAAAUUCCUGAGCCGCUUCCACCUAGGCGAACCAGAAGCAAGCACCCAGUUCAUGACCCAGUAUUACCAGGACUCGCCCAACCUCCAGACCCGGGGAAGAGGGAGCAGCGAGCUCCAGGACAAACCCAAGCCGAGGUAACUGCCCGCCAGACCUCAGGCUUCACCGUUGCACAUGUGUCCACAGUGCUUACCACCCACGGUCCGGGCAUGGAACCCUCUCUGGGUAUCGAACCCCUUCUCUUCAGAAUUAAAAAAAAAUCAUCCAGGGCUUA